AUGAACACAGCCCGAGCCAAUCGUGAAAACGGUGCGGGAAACAUAUAUAUCGGCUUUGGAGACAGCCAACUGAGCUUAAUGGACAGUCAUCAAGCGCGCCCCGAACCGGUACAUACCGUUUGCUCGAAGCCACCUCUCAAACGACCACCGAGCCGUGAAGAACACCUGAGGCAAAGACUUGUAAAAACCAUUCAUUCUCAAAGGAUCAUUUCCGGUAAAAACCGUCUUUCCAACCCACCAAGAAUGGCAAAUCCACAAGCCAAUUCAAUAAUUGGCAUAUCCACAUAUUUUGGACCAACAAAUUAA